CAGAGUCAGUUCGAUUCAAUGUAAUAGUAUUACAGUUAAACUGAACGUCCGCUACUGAUGUUCUCUUCUCAUAAGCCCGUACUGAUCGUUUUUGUCCAAUGGGAGGUCCGUUUAUGUGGGAGUUCGAAAGUCUCUGAGCCGCACCCCGCCUGAGGAGAGCAGCCAGAAUCUUUUGAGCAAUGAAGCGCGCUUGAGCCCACAAGAGGGUCCUCAUAAUGCUGCAGAGGUUGCGCACCGCUUGAACACUUUGAGAGGUGAUUCAAAAGUUAGCCGCAGGCCAAUGGCGAGGACCAAGCAAACUGCCAGGAAGUGCAGUGGUGGCGGAAGCAGGUUCCGGAAAGAAACCCCUCGUGUGGCCAGCGAUACACGUCCCACAGGCAAGGCGUACUUGGAAGCGCUGAAGCAGCUUGCAGCAAAGUCUCAAAGUCCCCUUCCCACCGAGCAGGCGGCUGCUGAAAUAUGUGGGGCACCAAAGCAGAGCAUUUCAGAGACCCGCACCGCCCUGCCUGAUUUGGGCCCAGACCUGCUGCAGCGCAUCUUUGCAAAACUGGGGCCGCACCCAAAGGACUUGGUCCCCUUGGGAGCUGUCAGUAAGCAGUGGCGUCAGGUCUUGAACGAAAGCACGUGGAAGGAGCUGUGCUUGAAGCAUGCGGGGGGGUUGGUUGAGGAGCUUGGGUACAGCCACGGGGCGGAUGGGCCCCCCGGAGGCUGGGCUGGGUUGUACAAACUAAUAAUAUGCUGCCCAGGGUGUCACUUCCCAACCUUUGAGCAUGUGCUGCAGGCAAACGCUUUGAGUGAGAACUAUGACUGGAGGCAUGGCCGGGGCCACGUGCAAGCAGCAACGAAGGGUUUUUUUAAGGGGAAGGAAGCGAAGGAGGCCCUGUACCUGGCAACCUCAGAUGAGAUCGUGAUCUCGUGCCUGUGCUCUCAUGGCCAGGCGGUCGAGAUGUGUGACAUACAUGAGGCUUCGGCUCCUCCAAUCCUGGCUUGCAGAGGCAUCGUCAAGAGCUUCGAGAGCUCAAAGCUUGCUGAAUGGAGCGGAGCUGCUGCAUUUGCAAACCAGAAGGGCGAGGCAGCGGGGAUAGCAGGGGAGCCUGUAGACUCCUCGAGCACGCAGAAUGAAGUGGUGGAAGCGGCGGGUGCUUCUGACGGGGAACCGUCUGGCGGCGAGAUGGGGGAAGAGGCGGACUUGGACGAGGAAGCUGCCUCUGAGUCCGAAGACUUUGAAGCUUACCCCUCGGGUAGUGAGGGCGAAGGCUCCGAGGGGGAAGUGAGCUCUGAUACAGAGGAGCCCGAGGAAAAGCGGCCGCCCUGUGCUUACUGCGGCAGCCCAACGUUCGCCCUGCCUCCUAAGGCCUUCAAUUCUCAGUUCUCGGAUUACGAUGAUCUGCUGUCGGAGUCCUUCUGUGACGCUUACGACAGGCAUGAGCAGGCCCGGUCAAUGUAUGAGUCGGACGACUCGGAAGCGUCGAAUAACGACUCCAUGUUUGUGCUGGGAACAGGGUUCGUGUGCCUCGAAGGCCACAUCGUGCUAGGGGUGGCUGGUUACCCCAAGUUGGACGAGGUUGCGGUGGUGGACUCUGGAGAAAGUCUGGAGCUCCAGCGGCCGCAAGUGGUGGACUUCUUACUCAAGUUCGUGGUUGGGGGCAAGACCUUGAGCCGGAAGCAGGGGCAUCGAUUCAUUCGAGGCCUGUUGUUAGAUCAGCUGAUCCAGAUUGAAGUGAGGCUUGUGCAGCUGGCAAAGAUCUGGCCGGCGAAGGAGAAAGAGGGGUGUGACAAGGCGAAUGAAGAGUCUGAUGGGGCAGAUGGGGAGUCUAGUGAGGUCAUUAAGGAGCCUGAUGAGGAGACUGAGGGAGUCAAUCAAGAGAAAGAGUCCAAGGAUUACAAACUUUUUGGAUACAUGUAUAAGAGAGGCAACGAUCCUGUGGGCAUAGUCGACGUGCUCGGAGCGGGCGUGCCAGCCGAUCUUUUAGAAGGCCUGCAAGCUUUCGUUUUGACAGGAGAUCCAGGCCUUGCGGAGUGUGAGCAACCGAUUUUGGGGGCGUUUGAGACUCAGGCGCGAAGAAAGGAGGAGGCGGUCGCCCGGAAGAUCAGAAGUGAUGCAAUGGACAAGGCGAUGCGCGGGGCAGGUUUCAAGCAACCCUUCUUUCGGGGCCUACCCAGCGACCUCUCGAAAACGCUAAAGGCUUUUAUCGAAAUGGGGGACCCGAGCCUGGCAGAGUGCGAACGUCUGAUCCUGGAAGAGCGCGAGUCGCGCGAGCAGGCAAAGGCUUCGGAGUUGAGAAAGAACACAAUCUAUCAGGCGCUGCGGCAGGCAGGCUUCCACCCCCCUUCUGUUCCGCACCUGCAGUCGCUGUGCGCUUACAUACAAGACCCCGGUGCAAUCACUUUCGAGGAGGUAAUCGCACAACAAAGGAGCGCGCGAGUGCAAAACGUCGUAAGCAGAGUGGAGGUUGCCGCGCCGCGAACGAGUGCACAAGAGCAGAGCCACAAAUGCGAAGUGGUCACAGACGGCAAAAGUUGUACGAAUCAGGCGGCUAAAGGGUGCUCCAAUGAUGGGUGCGGGCCUUGCUGCCGGAAAGCUGCAGGACCCUGCCGUCUAGGAAAGCACAGAAAGACCUAGUGUGAACACGCUGGAAAAUGAAUAGACAUUCCUCUAACCGUGCUUCAUGGAUGGACAGACCUGCCACAGACUUCCUUGAUUACACAAGAGUCAUCUCUUGGCGGAAUCCUUGACUUGGGCCUCGACCUGGCUUGAGUGAACGGUUCUUAAAUACCGAG